UCAAAUUGUAUAUGCAAUAAAAUUUCAAUUUCAAAUCAGAUAUCGAUUCAAAUGGACACUUGGAGCAUAUUCUAUAGCGGGCUUCAUCCGAAGCAGGCCCAGUUUCCUAAAUAGUUUUAACCUCAAUCACCAACUUCCAAUUUAACGCCGCUUCACAUGUCGUCUUCCUCUUCCCUUUACCGCCGGCUUCACGGCAUCUUCGCCGUCAAUCACAAAGUCACCGGCAAGCUCAAAACCGACAACCCCAAAACAACUUCCUUAAAGUCCACAAAAAAACGCACACCCAAACUUCCCGAAAAACAAGAAGUUCAAACCAUUGUUGACAACUUCAAAAAAUCAUCGGAAUCCCCGAAAUUCCGAAACCGCUGCCUCAACUAUGAAAACGCCAUUCGCCGCCUUGACAACACUUCUUCCGCUAUCGAAGACAUUUUAGAGCACCAAAAACAAUACCCAGAUAUUAGCAAUGAGUACUUUGUAUCCCGUCUCAUACUUUUAUACGGUACAGCAAAAAUGCAUGAACAUGCACGUAAACUGUUCGAGGAAAUGCCUAACUUAAAAUGUCAGCGAACUGUUUUUGCUUUCAAUGCCCUUUUGGAGGCCCACGCAAGAGCAGAGAAGUACGAUGUAAUUAAAGAACUGUUUCGGCAAUUACCCGAGGAGCUAUCAAUAAAGCCUGAUGUAGUGUCGUAUAAUACUUUGAUUAAGGCGUUAUGGAAAACUGGUUCUUUGGAUUCUGCUGUCAGUGUAAUGGAUGAGAUGGAAAAUCAGGGAAUCAAACCUGAUAAAGUGACUUUCAAUACGCUUUUGAGCGCGUAUAAUGAAAGUAAAAGGUUUUCUGAAGCAGAAGAUUUGUGGGCAUUGAUGCAAAAGAAGAAUGUUGUUGUUGACGUGGGAGGUUACACUGUUAGAUUACGAGGAUUGGUUGCGAAUAACCAGGUUAACGAGGCGAUUGAGCUUUUUGAGGAGAUGGGAAAGAAAGACAUCAUCCCAAAUGCUAUUUGUUAUAACGUGAUGAUCAAAAUGUAUGUGGAUGAUGGGAACUGGGAGGAGGCAAAAAGAUGGUAUGUGAAAAUGGUGGAAAAUGGACGGUAUCCGGAUAAGGCAACAUUGGAGAUGCUCAUUCAUUUAGCUUGUGAAAAGGAUAUUCUUGAUUUUGCACUUGAAUUGUGUAAGAAAGCUAUUGAUUCAAAAGUUCCUCUUCGUAAAGCUACAAUGCAGAGGGUGGUCAAUGCGUUGGCUGAGCAUUCUAAGCUUGACGAUGCAAAGGAGCUGGUGAGCUUGGGCAAAUCAAGUACCCAAUACGGAAAAGAGAGAUACAUGGAGUGGAAGGGAACUUGAUCAAUGCCUCUGCAGAUCAUAUCAGAAUGGAGAAGAGUACAUAUGCUUUAAGCAUUAUUGACGUGAAUAAAACUAACUUAAGUGAAAACCAAAUGGCAGUGUCAACUAUUCGUGCUGUACUGAGGAAAAUAGAUACUCCUAUAGGUAAGAUUUUUCAUGGAGCCAUAGAACUCAAUGAUGUGCCCAAUCGUGAGUCUCCAUCUAUGUCGCAAAAUAUUGAGUUGAUAUGUCCUUCUGGAAGAGGAAGGCAAUGAUUCUCGUCAUAAAUGUACAUAAUAGGAACCAUUCUGGCCACAUUGAUACAAGCCUUCUCUUUUUUCUUGGGGGGUAAAGAUACAAGCCUUCUGAAAG